AUUUGUGUCCAGUCAAGAUCUGCGCACUGGCCAGACAGGAGGUGCGAACGUGUGUUCGUGAUGGGUGGAUGAUGGAUUAUGCAUGGGUUAUUUGCUGGAUGUCUCUGCCUGCCUGUUGGUUACGUAUGGGCCGCCCCAGGAGCUCGCCUUGCCAAGCGAAACAGUGGACUACCUACACCUGUCAGCCCGUGGCUUAGGACAGCCGCCCCGCCAUCUUGAGGUGUGGCUUGUGCCAGGCAGGCGGGCUUUGGAGACAAAUAGUUCUAGGUACUUCUGAAGUUUCUAACUCCCAUUGCACACAUGGGUGUGUUAUGGUAUCAAGAAUUCGAUGUAUUCUCAGAGGAGCCCAAGACAGCCCGUUCCUUUAUUUGAGAAUUCAAGAUUGACGGGAGUGCGUGUAGCUGGUGUGGGGCAUAUCAUGCCCCCCCAAGAACAGGCAGGGCGCCAAGAGCACUGCAAGUACCUCGACGACCGGGGAACCGGGGUCUAAACGACAGUGGGCUUCCACCAUCUCAACGACCGCAUUCGUCACAACUUCACGACACAACUGCCACGGGCGGGAUUCCCCACCGCGCAAACAAUGGAUGGAUGGACAACCCUUUGAUCUCGAGACAAAGAAUGCGCUGCUUUCCGCCCAAGCUUCACUCCUCGCUUUUCGCCCUCGACCAGACUUGCCGCUCUUACUUAACGACCUCAUGCCCUCGACGACUGCUUACGACGACUUGAUCCCCCACCCACAUAUCUGCUUCUUCGCGACACGGUUCUCUCCCGUCUUUCGACUUCUCGAGUGUUCCAAAGCAAGACCAAGGUACAAGGUCCACCUUCCAACGUCCUCUCCAUGACAGGGGCUGUCACCAUGAUGGACCAUGCAGGAUCCUCGCGCGCGGGGCCAACAAAUGGUGGGCUUCCAAAUGGAGGAGGAAAUGGGACGAGGAGGCCGCUUCCACACAUUGACGACAUCACGUCGGUUGAAGUCGACCUCGACCCUCAUGCUCCGAUUGAGCGAGUGGUGCAAAUGGCCGAAAACUACCUUCGACAGGCUGAAUCAUCAAAGACGUUUGGUCGUCCUGACCUUGCCCUCAAAGACUAUAUACGGGCCAGUAUCAUUGUGUUGGAUCUGAUCAAGAAGAACAAAGGCUGGGUGUCGAUGCAGAGGGAUUCCAGGGCGCUUCAUGACCGGUACACUCGUGUGUUAAGGCAGCUUGAUGCUACGCAUACCGAGUUCGAGAGGAUCAAGAUGGAAAUCAAGGCAGACAAUGCUAGGACUUGUGUCCAACCAACCGCCCAGAGGCAGAGUCGGAAUGGGGGACAUAUCAGCGGGAACGGUUUCGAAAGGACAAACGGCGCAACAAAUGGCACGUCAUCGGACCAGAGUUUCUCCCCCUUGUCGCCUCCGAGAACGAAGCCGGUGGUGGGUCCUAAACCACAGGGCCUCCAUGGCAAUGCAAUCUCCAAGCCCUCGGCCAAAGCGCAGGACCUGGCCCAACGGUUUGCGAAUCUGAGGACAACGACAGUACAGACGACCCAAGACCCCCGCGUCCGAACCCAGCCGAUCGUGUCACCAACAACGGCGGUAGCACCCGGCAGUCCACCUCCAUUGUUCUCGCAAACAUCUCUCGGCGGGUUACCGCGAAUGCCAGAUGCCAUUUACAAUCCACCCAGGGGCACCGUUUCGAAGGAGGCAGCCGCACUGCCUUCCAGUACUCCCCGUGCCAUGUUCUCUAGGACAGGUUCGGUGUCGUCCAUCAACAUUACCAAAGCCCCAAGACCGUCCAUGGCAGGAGAGAUAUUUUCGACAGCUCAAAGCUUCGACAGGCCGACAUCAAACAAGAGAACAAAACUCUCAUUACCCAACUUCUACGAUGAAACAAUUUCCGUCAAGGAUCUGCUCCAGUACCAGCAGGCAGGCUCCAAGGAGAUAUCAAUAUUAAUAGUGGACAUUAGGAGCCGUGAAGAAUUUGACGAAGGUCACAUUCUAUCUCAGGCCACCAUAUGCGUGGAGCCCGAGGUACUAUCGAGACCGCACAUCUCGGGCGAGGACAUUGCCAAUAGCAUGGUACUGGCACCUGCAAGUGAACAGCUUCUCUUUGAGAAACGGGCCGACUUUGAUCUGGUGGUCUUUUAUGAUCAGGACUCGACCGCGGUUCCCGCAACACCAUCAAACAGCAUAGAGCACACCGUAUUCAACUUUUUCGGCGCCCUCAGCUUUUAUGACUUUGUCGGCGAAAGAGCUGCCAAAUCACGGCCUAAACUGCUCGAAGGCGGGCUGGACGCAUGGACGAGCAUGGUUGGAAAGGCCAGCUUGCAGACAUCAUCAACCAUUGAUCCGACCGCGAAGCAGGCAUCCACUGCCAUGACCAGGUCAUUCUUGAACCAAAAACAGAAGUAUGCUGCACGACCCAUCCAGAAUCCCGAGGAAGCCAAACGCUGGGAAAAGCACAUUUCCGAUCCCGCAUCCAUAAUACCCAUCCGAACAACCGAAGACUUUCUUCGUCGCUACCCGCCGGUAUCAGGACAGAAAGAGUCCAUGGUUUCUUCGUCUGCGCCGUCGCCACCUAGCCAAAGUUUAGAAAGUCCCCUCUAUGAUCGAAUAUCCCGCGAUGAGAAUUUCUACAGCUCCCUACCAUCCCCACCGGCUCGUCCCGCCCCUGCGGUUCCUCGCCGUAGUCAUAGCGGACUGUCAGAUGAACCUGUUCUAGCAAAGGCGGUCGGAAUCGCCCCCGGCGCCGCAAGGCCCGAAGUGCGGAAGAAUCGCACCGGUCUCUACAACCCAGGAGUUCAUUGCUUUGCCAACAGCUCACUUCAGUCAUUGUUUGCCACGCCUGGUUUCUGCAAAGAGGUAUACGAUGGAUCGUGGAGGCACAACUACAAAGCUCCGAAAAAGCUGGACGAAAACAUUGACAACCCCCAACUCUUGAUGAAAUGUUUGGAAAAUCUCUUCCAGUGGAUCAACACCGGAUCUUUCAAGUAUAUCCAUGCCAAGACCUUCAUGCAAUACAUCCGUUACAUCCACUCCAAAUCAACCAGAUCAAAAAACGACGGGGAUCUUUUCGGGGGGAAUCGCCAACAGGACGCACAAGAGUUCUAUAACUUCAUCCUCACAACCAUUGACGAUGAGACAAACACUCGUCGAGAUCGGGUGACAAACGUGCGAGACGAAUACACACCUAACGAAGGCACCGCUGUCCAAAACGCAGUAAAAUUCUGGAACAACUACGUUGAAGGUCACAACUCUUUGGUGACCAAAUAUUUCCGUGGUGUGGAUGUGUACAUCAACACCUGCUCCAAGUGCAACCACCAGUUCCAAAAGUUUGAGGUCUCCGACAUGCGAAUCCUCAAUUUCCCUGAUGGCGCGUCAGAUCCCAUCAGCAUGCUGAAGCUGCUUGAACAGAGCGCCGCGCCAGAGAAAAUGGAUGGUGCCAGAUGUGAGAAGUGCAACUCGACAAAGCACCGCACUCGAGCCCGCAAGUUCGCCCGACUACCGGAUCGGCUUGUCUUUUCCUUUCAGCGCAGCAUUAAUCAAUUCGACAAGAUGCAAAACAUAGUACAGUUCCCGACCCAAGGGCUUGACGUGCGUCCUUAUUUUGCCGGCGCGGCAAACGAACACGUCGACCCCAGCGAUGAACACUACGAGGGUGACAUGGUGUAUGACCUCUAUGCUGUGACGGUGCACAUUGGCGAGACAACUACCUCGGGACAUUAUAUCGAGUACGUCAGGGAUGAUCGGAGCAGUGAUCCGGAGAGCUGGUGGAAGUGCAACGAUCGGGAUGUCACGCCGCUCAAGGUCGGGCCGAAGAACCCAAGGAAUCUUGAGCAGCUUUAUGGGGAUUCGGCGGCGAAUGCUACGGCGUAUUUGGUGUUUUAUGAGAGGAGGGGGACAAGGAAUCAAGAUGUUUGAAGAGGAAGAGGAAGUUUGGGCAGGUGGCAGUGGCCCCUUUCUAAUUCUGGAGCUUGGAAGAAGUUGGAAGACUGAACUAGAUGAUCAGGGUACUCAGGUUUGAGAAUGGUGGCGGAGGAUAAAUGGCGAUGUAUUUGGGUUUUGUGCUGUUUUUGGAAAGCAUCAGGGUGCUUACCUAGAUAGGUGAUGGGUGGAGCAUGGGUGGUUACUUGGCGGGUUGCUUGUUUGUUGGUAGCAAAGGCGUGGGAGGAUUGUUGUUUAGUUGCUAGUGAUACCAAUCGAAAAUCUGAUGGUUUCUGUUCCCAUAAUGAACGACA